UUAAUGCUUAAAAAGCUGAAAAGAAACAAGAUCCACUUCGAACCCCUCUCCACAAUCCACCCUCACUCUCCCUCAAUCCUCUCCGCUAUCCACAUUUGCAAAUUUCCAAAGUAAACCUUCAUUUUCUCCCUCACCCAGAAAUCAAGAUUCUUCAUUAUAGAGGAGGAGGGUGAGAAAAAAACAAACCCACAUCUCAUAAAAAUCUCAUCUUUCAAUGUUUACACUUGCCUUUUCCCACCCCAUAUCUUCACAUAGACUCUUUUGUCUGAUUCUAGCCUGAUUUUAGAUUCUUUUGUCAAUCUUUAAGUUCCCAUAAAGGUGAGAUAUUUUUUUGUUUUUUUCUUGAUGACAGUAAUAUUAGAGCUAAUUCAUAUACUCCAAGCUAUCCACCAAGUUAGAGCAAUCAUAAAGUUGAGAUCUUGACCCAAAUAAUUGGUUGAAAAUCCAAAAUUUUAGCUUUCAAAAUUGUUAAGGAAAAUGAGGGAAGAGGAUUCAAAUUGGUUUGCCAAAUGGGAAGAAGAAUUGCCAAAACCAGAAGAGUUAAUGCCUUUAUCCCAAACCCUUAUAUCUCCUGAUCUUGCUAUAGCUUUUGAUAUUGCAAACCCCACUAGCCCAAAUAAUCCUCAAAACAAACAGCAGCAGCAGACUCAGAUUCCUCAAUCCUCUCAACAGCAGCCCAAUUCAUCAGCUGAAUUUGAGUCUGCUGAAUUGAAUGGAUUAGGAGGUGGUGGAGAUGAACCAGCUAGGACAAUAAAAAGGCCUAGGCUUGUGUGGACCCCACAGCUACACAAGAGGUUUGUGGAUGCAGUUGCUCAUUUGGGGAUCAAGAAUGCUGUCCCAAAGACUAUAAUGCAACUGAUGAGUGUCGAUGGCCUAACCCGCGAAAAUGUUGCUAGUCAUUUGCAAAAAUACAGGCUUUAUUUGAAAAGAAUGCAAGGUCUUUCUAAUGGUGGUAGUGGUGGAAACAGUGGUCAAUCUUUAUCAGGGGCAGGUGUUGAUUCUGCAAUGGACAAUUUGUUUGCUAGUUCACCAGUGCCAGCACAUUUUUUGCAUCCGGCCGGGAGGGGUAAUCCUGACCAGUUCUUGCCAUUUGUGCCAGUGACAUCUAUGCAGCAUCAUAAUCAUCAUAUGGGAGUGGUUGUUGGACACCAUCAUCCUCAAGUUCAACAGCAGUAUAGGCAAUUUGGGUCACCGGCUAAUGGACAUUUUGAUCAUCAUCCAUUUUUGUCUAGGCAAUCACAGCAGCAGGUUCAGAGGAUGGGGACAUCAGUGCAUAAUGGUAGUCCUGUGGUGUCACCUUAUGUUGAUGAUGUGGAUUCUUCAGCCGCACCCGUCAAUGGGAGAAAGGUCCUUACUUUGUUCCCAACAGGGGAUGAUUGAUAUCAGGGGUCCGAGGAAGGGCGCCUUCCCGAGGGGGUGUGAUGGCACCUUGGCUGAUUUCGUGGCUUAAAUCCGUGACCUACAAGUCAUACAUGAAGACAACUUUGUCAUUGCUCGAAGGCUCCCCUUCAGCCUAGUCUAUUGAAUGACUCCAACAAAAGAGCAGUCGGUGCACUAUAAGCUCCCGCUAUGCGCGGGGUCGGGGAAGGGCCGGACCACAAGGGUCUAGUGUACGCAGCCUUACCCUGCAUUUUUGCAAGAAGCUGUUUCCAUGGCUCAAACCCGUGGCCUCCUAGUCACAUGUCAGUAACUAGUUACGCCAAGUUAGAUAGAUUCUUCUACUUCAGUUGCUGGUACCUCAAAGAAUUAUGUAAAUGUUACUGUUAGAUAUUAACACAAUGAUGCAUGACUUUUUGUUUCUUUUCCUCUCAAAACAUACUGGCUUGCCCUUGUGGCUAAUAUUUUUCCUUUCAACUUUAAAGUAUUUUCUUACUACGUAUAUGGUGCUGGCUGUAUCUACCGUAUAUAUAAUUUGCAUUGGGAUUAAGCUUUGGAAUUCUACUCAACAUUGGUUGAUUUUCACUAUCAUUCAGUAUAAUGCCAAAAAUAUACUGAAAACUGAUAUAGAAAGAAGAUGCUCAGUUUUUUGAAGUCUGCAGAAUAUCUUGUUACCUUCUUAAGUUCUACUUUACUGCAAUGGUUUUUACCUUCAAAGUUCUUUUACCUUUUUAGGUACAAAGGAGGGCUAUUAAUGAUCUGGUUUAAAACAGAUGAUUGUUUUCCCUCUAAUCCUCAGUGAAAUAAUUUAAAUCUUUGAAAAAACAUAUUACAGAUGCAGCAGUUAUAUUAAUGGAGACAAAAAACUAUUUAAUGUAAUAUAAUAGAUGUUUUUUACCCCAAAAUGUGCACUUUUUUUUUGGGACAUGCUUUAUAUAUGCAUAUUUGCUUGUUUUGUCAUUGCUUUUGGCUCAAUAAAAUGCGACAAAUAUGCAAAACGAAUGUCUAGAAUACGAUUUAAGGAUAAAGCAUAACAGAAGAACAAUGAAUUUGUAUUUUUAUCAAAGAGCAUCAGUAAAUUUCUUAAUUUAUCAGAGAAAUUGACAAAUCAUUUAUUGUACAAGGGGAUACACCACAGAGAAGAAACCUUAUUUUUUUUAUAACGUAGCAUAGGCGAGAAGGUUGUGCGACAGAACGUUGUGCGAGGGCUGCAAGGUUAUCCCAGGUGAGACCCUCUCAUCGCAGCAUAGGCUUUUGGUGAUGGACAUUUGUAUUAGGAUAAGGAG